AUGACUCGCCUACAACCGCUCUUGGAAUACUCGGAAAACUUCGGGUUCCGUGGUGCGCCGCUUUCGCGCCCCGUGUACCCUUUGGCCGGUAUCGCCAUUUACCUGCUGGUGAUCACAGGGCUCGAGCGAGUCAUGCGGACACGCCGCCCGUUCUCUCUGCGAAGCGCGGUCGUCCUGCACAACGUUUUUCUCACGCUUCUUUCGUUGGCCAUGGGUUUCGGGACGCUCAUUGAAAUCAUGCUGCAUGCCGUACGAGAGCCAGACGGGUUGCGUGCAAUAGCCUGCGACCACCGCGGUACCGUGAUGCGCGGUCGCUUGCUUUUCUGGAUGUAUGUGUUCUACGUCAGCAAGUAUUAUGAGUUACUCGAUACCAUCAUCAUGGUUUUGCGGAAACGGCCUCUGAGCUUCCUGCACGUCUAUCACCAUUGCGUAGUGCUGCCGCUUUUCUGGAUGUACCUUCGGACUUCGAUGGUGAUUCAUUUCAUUCUAGUAGUGGCAAACUCGUUUGUGCAUGUUUUCAUGUACUACUACUACGCGGUGUCGGCGCUCGGGUAUAGGGUCUGGUGGAAGCAGCAUCUAACGAUGGCGCAGAUCGUUCAGUUCGUCAUUGAUUUAACCGCAACCUAUCCUUUCGUCUACUUUUACUUUAGGCAUCCUAAGGGGUGCUCAGGAUCCAUGCGGGCCUUUAUUUUCGGACAGUUGGUUGGUAUUUCGUUCUGCUAUUUGUUUUGGGACUUUUUCCGCAAGUCGUAUCGGACUCCAAAACAGAGCAGAUCUCGCGAGAAAGAAGCUGCGCUAUCUUCCGAACCCACGAGUGAAGCGCAACAGUUCGUGAAAAGCACCCAUUUUUCAGCAGAUGCCGGGGAUCAAACGACGUCCGCUGCGAAAGCUGGUAUGCUGGCAUCGACCGCAAGAGGUUCCGUGACCAGCACGAGGAGGCAUACGAGCGCGCGGAGAUUGUCAUAA